AUGAGCAACUCGGUGGGAGGAAAACUGGCUGGAGUUAUAAAAGCUACUGUGCCUCCACCAGAUGAGGAAGAACAAUUGUUGGCAAAAGUUGUGUUUGGUGACACUUCUGACUUCCAAUCGGGGCUGAAAGAUUUUGAUUUAGAAUUGCUGUUGAAUGAGCAGGAGGAUGAUCUUGUUGAUACUUACAACGGGGAUGAAUUGUCUGGACCAGAAGGAGAAGAAGAUGAGGAAAACGAAAAUAUGGACAAUGUUCAGGACGAUCAGCUGUUCUUUGUCGAUGAAGGAGAAGACCAAGCAAACGAGGACGUGGAUAUGGAUCAGGACGAGCCCUCAGAGUACUCAGACGAAGAUGAAAUGGAGGAUGGAGAUGACGCAUGGCAGGAUUCUGACGAUGAAGAAGUUUCAGUGUCCGUUAUAACUUCUAACAAGACCAAAAAGCUCAGGACAUCAUACGAAGAAUCCGCAAUUAAUGGUAAGGACUACAUACGCCGUCUAAGGGCCCAGUUCGAAAAAAUAUAUCCAAAACCAAAGUGGGUUGAUGACAUCUCAGAUGAGGACCUAUCUGGCGAUGAAAGUAAUGACGAAGGUAAUGAGCAGGCCUUGAAUGGUGACAUAAGUGCUCUUUCUAGGAUCUUGGAGAGUACUUAUGAAUACAAGGACGUUUCUCAUAGCAAGUUGCUGCCGCCGAAGACUUUGGAUAUAGUACGUCUUAAGGAUGCCAACGCUUCACAUCCUUCACAUUCGGCAAUUCAAAGUCUCUCAUUUCAUCCGCACAAGCCUUUGCUCUUGACUGGUGGUUAUGAUAGGACUCUGCGCAUAUACCACAUCGAUGGUAAGAGUAACCACUCGGUAACGAGUGUUUAUCUAAAAGGUACGCCAGUUCAAACCUGUUGUUUUUACGUAUCGCCAGGGCAAAGUUCGAAAAAGAACACGGAGGAGCAACGAGUGUUUUCUGGUGGUAGAAGACGUUACAUGCAUUCAUGGGAUUUAUCCAACGCUCUGAUGAAUUCCAGCUCGCAUGGAUCUGUGGCGAAAAUUGACAAGAUUUCUAGAAUGUACGGUCAUGAAGAAACCCAAAGGUCCUUCGAAAAAUUCAAGAUUGCUCAUUUUCAUAAUUUCGAAACUAAUCAAUCUCACGGUAUCAUUCUCCUACAAGGUAACAACGGUUGGAUUAACGUUCUCAAUGCAACUACAGGGGUUUGGAUGACCGGUUGUAAAAUAAAUGGUGUUUUGGCAGACUUCUGUAUCGAUUACAGACCUACAUCGAAGAAUAGGGCGCAAACGAUUCUAAUAGCAGCAAACACUUACUCUGAGAUCUGGGAAUUCAAUUUAAAUGACAAUGGGAAAGUGGUGCGUAAAUGGAAAGACGAAGGCGGUGUAGGAGUAACAAAAAUUCAGGUUGGUGGUGGAACAAACUCAGACAAUAUACUGACGACAGAAGCCGGUAACAUGAGGACUAAUAGAUGGCUUGCCAUUGGGAGUGAGAGUGGUUACGUCAAUGUCUAUGACAGGAAAAAACUAUCAAACAAUCCGAAGCCAGUCGCUGCUCUAGAUCAACUAACGACUACAAUUUCUACAUUAAAAUUUUCGCCCGACGGUCAAAUCCUAUGUAUGGCAUCGAGAGCCGUGAAGGAUUCGUUGCGUUUGGUGCAUUUACCUACCUGUACUGUUUUCUCCAAUUGGCCUACGAGUGGUACACCACUGGGUAAAGUAACAGCAGCUGCGUUUUCAUCUCAUGGUGAAAUGCUUGCUGUUGGUAAUGAACAGGGCAAAGUUAGACUCUGGGCUUUGAAUCACUACUGA